AUGGCUUCUCCACUCAGCGCAUCAGGUCCUACAAGCUUCGGGCAGGGUUACUCCCUCUCCGCUUCCUCCUCGCCCUCCUCCCCUUCUGCAUCAACUCCUCCCAUCCCUCCACCAACUUCAAGGCAGCUACAGCAGCAACAACAGCGCAAAGAAAUCCUCAACUACUCCGCACCCUGGCCCGUCUACGGCCUCGACUGGUCAAACCAGCCCACCGAACGCGAAGCACUUCGACUCGCCGUUGGCAGUUUCAUAGAAGAUGGCAGUAACAAGAUUCAAAUCAUCACACUGCCAGAGUUCGCGGGUAUUGAGGAUAGAGACUACAACCCCAACUCGAUGUCGGACUGGGUGCCUAUUGCAGAGACCAACCACCAACAAUACCCUGUUACGAAAAUCAAGUGGGAGCCCUACAAGGGCGGACAUCGGUCGUUUGAUUUGCUGGCGACAACAGGAGACUACCUUCGACUUUGGGAACUGAAGGAGGACACGGAGAGCACUAACUCUGGAAGCAACACGAUAGGCAGACGGCCAGCACAUGGCGUCCAGCAACAGCUCGCCCAGAGAGCUGUCCUCGCCAAUACCAAGGCAAACUUUUGCGCACCAUUGACGUCGUUUGACUGGAACACCUACGACCCCUCGUUAAUUGUCACCAGCUCGAUUGAUACAACCUGCACAGUCUGGAAUGUGGAGACGAACCAGGCAAAGACCCAGCUGAUUGCCCACGACAAGGAGGUGUACGACGUGACGUUUGCGGGGAACAACGCCGAUAUUUUUGCAAGUGUGGGAGCAGACGGGAGCGUGCGCAUGUUUGAUCUCCGCGCAUUGGAGCAUUCGACCAUUAUUUACGAAACUAGUUCGUCGAGCCCAGCCAUGCCUGGAUCAAGUCCCAACUUGCAGACAGGGGCUCAACAGUCAGUGCCGCUUGUACGACUCGCCUUCAACAAACUCGACACCAACUACCUCUCGACGUUUCAUAUGGACUCUUCCAGUGUUCAGAUUCUGGACAUCCGUGUUCCUGGCAUUCCUGUCUCUGAACUGCGCGGACACAAGGGAGUACUCAAUUGCAUGGCAUGGUCCCCCAUCGGCAGCACCGAAAUCGCCACCGGCAGCGAUGAUCAUCAAGUGUUUAUCUGGGAGGUCAAUCCGUCAAGGCAAGAUCGGGAGGAGCUGGACUUCCACCAUAGCAAGUCGGCGUCGAGCAACAAGGCCAAGAGUCCAGCCCCAACCCCCUCAACGCGUGUAUUGCACGAACCCUUCCGUGCGGCGAAUGUGGGAGGCGAGGUCAACCAAUUGGCCUGGUCCAGUGCCAGUCCUGACUGGAUUGCUGUUGGUUUUGGAAGGACAGUUCAAGCCCUGCGUCUCUAG